CUACUUGGGAGUCUUGAAUCCAAGAAUUCUACUCCUGAAUCUCUUCUUCUUUUUUUUUUUUUUUUUCAAAUGCGAGAAAGAUAGGUCUCACAGAAACCUGCUCAAAUGGACUUGUAAUCUAAAGAGGAAGGGCCUUCUUUUCAUAACAUUUCAACCCAUGGAUUGUACAUCUUCAUCCACCCAUCUCACCUUCUUCUCCUUCUCUUCUUCCCAAACAAGAAAACCCCACUCCUUCAAAUUCUCCAAACAAGCAUUUCCUCCACAUUUCCCUCCCAAACACCAUCUUUCCAAAUCCCAUUCCAUCCAAUUCCCAUUUCUCCUCUCACCUUCCAAACACCAUUCUCCUUCCCUCCAAAAUCCCAAUCCCAUUUCAAUUAUCCAAAACCAAUCACCAAAGCUGACCAAAACCCAUGUCUUGAAAGCCCAUGUAGAGAAGCUAGCUAUCUUCCUUCUUGGGUCUUUUCUAUUUUUUAGUAGAUUCAACGCUAGGCCUGCUUUGGCGCUCCCCACUUCCCCGAAUGCUGGUUUUUCGGCUGCAACGGAGGAAAAGGCAGAGACCCAGAGUGGGAAAGAUGGGGAGGAUGAUGAUGAGGAGCUUCAUUUGAAGGUAUUGGAGAAGAAUCCGAAAGAUGUUGAGGCUCUGAAGGUGGUUUUGUAUGGGAAGAUGAGGAAAGGGAAGACGAAGGAGGCUGUGAAGUAUGUUGAGAGGUUGAUAGAUGUCGAACCUGACGAGGUGGAGUGGAGACUGUUGCAGGCUCUUUCGUAUGAGCUGAUGGGGCAGCUGAGUAAGGCAAAGAAAUUGUUUAAGGAGAUCUUGGAAGAGAGGCCUCUCCAGCUUAGAGCUUUGCAUGGAUUGGCAUUGGUGAUGCACAAGAAUCGUGAAGGUGUAGCUGUUUUUGAGAUGCUGAAUAAAGCUUUGGAAGUUGCUCAAGCUGAGAAAAGACUCACUGAGGAGCGCAACAUAAAAAUCUUGAUUGCACAAAUGCAUGUUGUAAAGGGUGACUUAGAUGAGGGCUUGAAGAAAUUCCAAGAUUUGGUUAAUGAGGAUCCUCGAGAUUUUAGGCCCCACCUUUGUCAGGGGAUAAUCUACAGCUUACUAGACAAAAAGAAGGAAGCGGACGAGCAAUUCGAGACUUAUCGGAGCCUCGUUCCUCAUGAAUUUCCCCAGAGAGGAUUUCUCGACGAUGUCAUAAUGGCAGCAAAAACAGAAUCUCGGGAACAGCUGGAGAAGGAUUUCAAGGAUGAAUUCUCAUACAAGAAGUAAAAUACAGGGUGCCAUGCAAGGUCAACUAGGCGGGUCAGUUUCAGUGAACUUACUCAUGGUAGAUUACUGGAAAGAAAAUGCAGUCUGUCAUAUAUGAAAAAAAGAAAAAGAAAAAAGAAAACCCAACAUGGAUGAUAGUCCAUUCAGUUGCAUCAUGUCACUGAUUUUGAUUUGUUAUAUGGAAUAUUUAUCAAAGAAGAGAAA